UAUUAAUUUUAUAAUGCUCAAAAAGUACCUCUUCCAAUGCAACUCAAAAGACUACUUCCAAUAAAAAAGAGUGCACACCAAAGAUUCUGAACACACUCGACAUUUUGAGUAGCACGUAGAUCAUAUAAACUAUCAUCAAGAACUAUUUGAAGAGAAGCAUAGCAACCGAAACCAAGCCAGCAUUAAAACCGAUCGACAUGGAAGAAACCAGGAAAGAAGAGCUUUCUAAAUUUCGAUCCAUAUCACUCUACAAUAAGAAGCAAGUUCGAAUGCCUACAUCAGCAGAGAAGUGUUGCUCCAAUGAGAGAAUUAAAGUUUUUAAUAUAUUCAACAGUACUCCAAGAAAUGUCAAGCCCAGUAGAUCCCAACAAAUGUUGAAUGGAUUCAAAGAAAAAGUUGUAUAUUCAUCUCAUAAUAGGGUAAAUAAACAAUUAAAUUUUAGUAAUCAUCCGCUGCCAAACCUCCCAUCUCAAGUAGAAUCAAUGACUCACAAGAAUAAUUGUAGAAAGCAUCCAGAUCAAAUAUGAUUCCCUUGAGAAGCUUUUUUAAGGACAAUCAAGUUAAACAACAAAAUAAUAUAAAAUUGGAAUUAGAAAAGCAUGCAAAUAACAAUAUAUUGGAAUUAUUACUCUUAACGACUGGAGAAUUAAAGAAGAAGUUUGAAGAUGAACACAAGUUACGAGAUAGUAACAGUAGAUAAAACUCAGAGGAAAGAGUAAGAGUUAAAGUUAGAAAUAGCCAUAAAUUUCCAAAGGAUUUCUUUCUAUGA